AGGGGAUGGCGCGGAGGGAGGGGGCUGGCGGUUCCUGGAGAUGCCAGAGAAAGGAAGUUCCGGGACCCUCCCUGCUCUAGUGCCCACCUCCGCUUCCUGCCUCAUGCUGCACCUUGUCCCCAGAGCCAGGACCCCCCCAUCGGCUUGGGAAAUGUGACCUUUACUCUGGGGGGCCUGGCCCUGCAGGCCCCAGCCUUCUUUCAGGUCUGGGGGGCCCCUGGGGCCUCUGACCCUGACCCCCACCCAGGCCAGGCUCUGGAAGCCGGCCCUUGGGACUGCGCCGCGGGCACAGUGGGCAUCUGCACCCGCCCCACCUGUGCCUGGGCUCUGGCCCUUCCCUACAGGGCGCUCACCAUGGCCCCGCCACUCCUGCUGCUGCUGCUGGCCAGCGGAGCGGCCGCCUGCCCACUGCCCUGUGUCUGCCAGAACCUGUCCGAGUCGCUCAGCACGCUCUGUGCCCACCGAGGCCUGCUGUUUGUGCCACCCAACGUGGACCGGCGCACAGUGGAGUUGCGGCUGGCUGACAACUUCAUCCAGGCCUUGGGGCCGCCAGACUUUCGAAACAUGACAGGGCUGGUGGACCUGACGCUGUCCCGAAAUGCCAUCACCCGCAUCGGGGCCCGUGCUUUUGGGGACCUGGAGAGCCUGCGCUCCCUGCACCUGGACGGCAACAGGCUGGUUGAGCUGGGCACCGGCAGCCUCCGGGGCCCCGUCAACCUGCAGCACCUCAUCCUCAGCGGCAACCAGCUAGGCCGAAUCUCGCCCGGGGCCUUCGACGACUUCCUGGACAGCCUGGAGGACCUGGACUUGUCCUACAACAACCUGCGGCAGGUCCCCUGGGCUGGCAUCGGUGCCAUGCCCGCCCUCCACACCCUCAACCUGGACCACAACCUCAUUGAUGCACUGCCCCCGGGCGCCUUUGCCCAGCUCAGCCAGCUCUCCCGCCUCGACCUCACCUCCAACCGCCUGGCCACGCUGGCGCCUGACCCGCUCUUUUCCCGGGGGCGCGACGCAGAGGCCUCGCCUGCCCCCCUGGUGCUGAGCUUCAGCGGGAACCCCUUGCACUGCAACUGUGAGCUGCUGUGGCUGCGGCGGCUGGCCCGGCCCGACGACCUAGAGACGUGCGCCUCCCCUCCGGGCCUGGCCGGCCGCUACUUCUGGGCGGUGCCCGAGGGCGAGUUCUCCUGUGAGCCCCCCCUCAUCGCGCGCCACACGCAGCGCCUCUGGGUGCUGGAGGGCCAGCGGGCCACGCUGCGGUGCCGGGCCCUCGGCGACCCUGCACCCACCAUGCACUGGGUUGGCCCCGAUGACCGGCUGGUUGGCAACUCCUCCCGAGCCCGGGCUUUCCCCAACGGGACCCUGGAGAUUGGGGUGACGGGCUCCGGGGACGCAGGGGGCUAUACCUGCAUUGCCACCAAUCCUGCCGGUGAGGCCACAGCCCGGGUAGAGCUCCGGGUGCUGGCCUUGCCCCACGGCGGGAACGGCAGUGCUGAGGGGGGCCGUCCGGGGCCCUCGGACAUUGCUGCCUCAGCCCGCACUGCUGCCGAGGGCGAGGGGACACUAGAGGCUGAGCCAGGUGUGCAGGUGACAGAGGUGACCGCAACCUCAGGGCUGGUGAGCUGGGGGCCGGGACGGCCAGCAGACCCCGUGUGGAUGUUCCAAAUCCAGUAUAACAGCAGCGAGGACGAGACCCUCAUCUACCGGAUUGUCCCGGCCUCCAGCCACCACUUCCUGCUAAAGCACCUCGUUCCUGGUGCCGACUAUGACCUCUGCCUGCUGGCCCUGUCACCUGCCGCCGGGCCUUCCGACCUCACAGCCACGAGGCUGCUGGGCUGUGCCCACUUCUCCACGCUACCGGCUGCACCCCUGUGCCACGCCCUGCAGGCCCACGUGCUGGGCGGGACACUGACCGUGGCUGUGGGGGGUGUGCUGGUGGCUGCCUUACUGGUCUUCACUGUGGCCUUGCUGGUUCGGGGCCGGGGGGCCGGGAAUGGCCGCCUUCCCCUCAAGCUCAGCCACGUCCAAUCCCAGACCAACGGAGGCCCCAGCCCCACGCCCAAGGCCCACCCGCCACGGAGCCCACCACCUCGGCCCCAACGCAGCUGCUCCCUGGACCUGGGAGACGCCGGCGGGUGCUACGGUUACGCCAGGCGCCUUGGAGGGGCCUGGGCCCGGAGGAGCCACUCUGUGCAUGGGGGGCUGCUCGGGGCAGGGUGCCGGGGGGUGGGGGGCAGCACGGAGCAGCUGGAGGAGAGUGUGGUGUGAUGGGAAAGGAGUCAGCCCAGGGCAGGCCGGGGAAGGGGCAGAGGGCAUGGGGCGGGUAGCUGCUGGGCCCGGUUAAGUCAGCACUGCCAGGGAGUCCCUCCUGAUUUGACCCUUGGUACCUCAGGCCCCCUUUGUACUUGGCAGGACAGGGGGCCCUUUCCCUGGUUCUGGCCUCCAGACCCGCGUUCCUCUGACAGGUGCUCACGGCCACCAAGGCAGGGGCUGCAGCCACCAAGUGGGAGUCUUGUUUUUCUUUAUAAUAAAAUUGUUGGGUA